CCGGGCAACAGCCGUUGAGUUGAGUUGAGUUGAGUUGAGUCCCGAGCGAGAGGCAGGCGAGAGUCCGUGAACAGCUCAACUUUUAAUGUAUGCGAGUCGAGUCGGGACAGUGUGUAGCUCCGGGCGCACUGUUUUCUUCUCCUUUAUGCACCUUCCUGCUCGACUAAGCUCAACAACGGCUCGCUGUUUUCUCACCGGUUCGGUAGCUAGUCUGUUUGGCACAAAAAGCGGUUGUGUGUCAGUCUCUUUUAUGUGUCCAGCCCUCCUGCGACUCCAACACAUAACAGGCCUUGACUGAGUGAUUGACUAAGUGACUGCAUGGACCAGACUGAACAUGAAGAGCCUUAAAGCCAAGUUUAGAAAAACUGAUGUCAACGAGUGGAACAAAAAUGACGAGCGCCUGCUUGCUGCAGUGGAGCAUGGCGAGGUGGAGAAGGUGGCGUCACUUCUCGCCAAGAAAGGUGCCAGCGCUGUAAAGCUGGAUAGCGAAGGCAAAUCAGCUCUUCAUGUAGCAGCUGCACGCGGUCAGACAGACUGCCUCUCUGUCAUCCUUGCCCACGGAGCAGACUUGUCAGUCACUGAUGCUGCUGGUUUUAAUCCGUUACACCUGGCCGCCAAGAACAAUCACAUUGAGUGCUGCAAAAAGCUCAUUCAGAGUAAAUGUCCUAUUGAUGCUGUAGACAGCGCAGGAAAGACUGCCCUGCAUCACGCUGCUGCCAGUGGGAACAUCCACUCCGUCCAACUGCUGUGUGAACUCAAAAGUCCUGUCAACCUGAAAGAUGCAGAUGGACUCACCUCCUUGCUGUUGUCAGCCAAACAUGCUCAUGCUGAAGUAUGCAGCACUUUGCUGGACUGUGGUGCCGAAAUCAACAAUUCUGACAACAGUGGCAGGACAGCAUUGAUGCUGGCUAGCGAGUCCAACGCAGUUUCUGUUGUUGAUGUCUUGGUUCACCGAGGAGCAGAUCUGUCAGCUGUAGAUUCACAAGGCCAUGAUAUCAUACACUACGCCAAGCUGUCAGGAAACUCAGACAUCAAAACUGCUCUCACAGCUGCCCUUAACAAACAGCAGAUUUCAGAUGCAAAGUCUCCUAAAAGUCCUCAGCAUGAUCAAGUAGCUAAGCUAAGUGAUGAACGGAUCACAACUCCCAAAAAACGAAAAGCACCUCCACCUCCUAUUAGCCCACUGCAGAGCUCUGGACCCUCCUCUCCUUCUCUCAUUACCUCCACUGGGACUCCUGCAUCUGACAAAAGUGACACUCCCAAGAGAUUCAACUACAAGGAUGAGGUUAGGGGAACAGUGCUGAGAGAGGAGGUUGAGAAGCUCCAUGAGGAGAGAAACAUGUUGCUGGAAACAAUCGAAGACCUGAAGCAGACAGUGGAGCAGACGGUGACUGGUCCUGAGCUGGAUACAAAGGACGAGCACAGUUUUACUGCAUCUGCAGCUCUGGUUUCUGCUCUGCAAGCCAAGAUUACUGCUCUUACUUCGGAGAACCAGCAACUUGCAAGCAAACUUAAGAAACAUCCGUCCCUCCAAGGAAAUGAGGACCUGACGGAGACCAGUCGUCCAAACAGCAUGGCCUCCAACUCCUCCUUCCACUCCACCCAGGAUGAGUUUGAUACACUGCCACCAGUCCCCUCCACGACCCAAGUGGAAAGGGAAGACGGCUCAGUAGGUGUUUCUGUCAGACAGGAGGAAGAGGAGAGCGAGAGAGGGAGAGGAGGAAGCAAAGAGGAGAUCAGACUGUUGAGACAGGCUCUAGAGAGUGUUCAGAUGAAACUGCUCGAAACAAGGAAGGAAAACCGCUCACUUCAGGCUCAGCUGAGGGAGAGAGGGAGCGAAAGAGGGGACGAUGAGGGAGUGAGGGAGAAAGGAAGAGAGGAAGAGUUGAUGGAGAGUCUAGCAGAGCUUCAGGCAAAGCUGACAGACACUCAGGAGAGAUACCACCAAGCUGUGGAGGAGGUGGAGGAGCUGAGGGUGCAGGUGGGAAGAGAAGGAGGCGAGUUGAUGGAAAAAGAGGAGGUCCAGAGACGUAUGUCAUCCACACUUGAGCAUGAAGUAAAACAGCUGAAAGCCCAGCUCGUCCAGUCAGGAUCUGAGCAAGAGAAAGCAGUUCAACAAAUCAGACAGCUGGAGGAAGCGCUGAGGAGGACAGAGGAGGAAAGACUGAGCGUGAAGGAGAAAGAACAGAGGACUGCUCGGAUUGAGGAGCUGUACAAGGAGGCACAGGAGGAGAUUAGGAUGCUCCAGGAGGCUCUUAGGGGCACAGUGCCUGUUGAAGCUGCAGCCAAAGACUUUGAAGACAUGAAGGCUGAGCUAAACGAGGUAAUUGCUGGUCUGCAGCGCCGCCUGCUGGAACUCUCACACUCCUUCAGUGAAACCAAGAGUCAGCUAAGUGCUGCUCAGAAACAGCUGGCUGAUGCCCAAGCCGAGAGCAGUGCACCGUCAUCUCCCUCUUUGGAACAACAGCAGCAGCAGGUCCAGGUGCUGAACAGCAGGGUGGAGGAGCUGCUGGUUCUGCUAACCGACACGGAGAAGAAGUAUUCGGCUGCUCAGGAGGAGAUUUCAGUGCUGAGGCAGGAGGCAGAAGCUCAGGCACAGAGCUCUGUGGCCCUCGCCGAUCACACUCAGGUGAUGUCAUCUCUGGGAAAUGCCAUCAAAGAGUUGGAAAGCCAGUCAGAAGUCCUGAAAGAGCAGCUACACCAGAAGACCAUGCAGGUGGAGGCUCUUCAGAACAGACUGACCGCAGAAAAAGAUGUCACCCCAGAUGAUUCUGUGUCCCGUCUUGAGCAUGACACCAUGCGAGAGCAACUGGAGGGCGAGGUGAACCACCUGACGCAGCUCCUCCAGGGGGCCCUCAGGAAGCAGGAUGAGAUGGCUCUGGAGGCUGCUGAUGCAUGGCAGAAGGCACGGGAGAAUCGUGCAGAGCGUGAAGCCCUGCAGGAGCUGGUGAUGUCGAGGGAGAAGGAGAACCAGACGCUGUCCUCCAGGCUGGCUGAGUCCCAGGAUGCUGUGUGUCAGCUAAAACAGCUGGUGGAGAACCAUGUUGCCUCUGAGAGAGAAAAGAACAAGAGGAUAGAUGACCUGUCACGGGAGGUGGGGAAGCUGAAAGAUGCCUUAAACAGCCUGUCACAGCUCUCUUACAGCUCUGGUUCACCCUCCAAGAGACAGCAGCAAAACCAGCAGCUGGAGACGAUGCAGCAACAAAUCAAACAACUGCAGUAUCAACUAGCUGAGUCAAAGAAGCAGCACAAUGAGAUAGUGUCAGUCUACAGGAUGCACCUCCUCUAUGCUGUCCAGGGUCAGAUGGACGAGGAUGUCCAGAAAGCCUUGAAACAGAUCCUGAUGAUGUGCAAGAUGCCAAGCCAAGCCAAGGAGGCCUGCUAAGACACUUAGGGCCUGGUUUCCCAAUAGCAUGUUGUGACUGAGGUGAAGUGAAUUGCAGCUGCAUCCGUCACCACAUGUCCUCCUGUCCGAAUUCAUGCAUCUCUUGUGCCAAUUACAAGCAAGGCCAACACAUCGUGCCUCUGGAUAAACCUCAAGUUUUUGUAAAUGAGGAAUAGGUUUACAGUCAUAUGUUCAUUGCUAUAGCUUUUGCCAUUUUGGCCCAUUAAAAUCUAAUGGUCAUCAGUCUUAGGAUGGAAAAUGUUUUUGGGAAACACCAGCCCAGCAUACAGAUACUGUACAUCAGCCAACUGACCAUUCAAAUGAAUGGAGGAGCCAGGUGGUUAUUUUCUGUUUACCAGCCAGAGAUAUUGUAUGUGCACAUACACACUACACUGAAAAUGUGCAGUAACCUUAAAUCACAUGCAGUUGCACAAGUGUGAUAACGCAUAUGUGCGUGUAGUCAAACAUAAACAUGCAUGUAUGUGUGCACUAAUCAGCCCGAGUUUGACGUGGUUUGUUUCUGUUACGUUCGCUUAAAGAGAGAAAUGACUCAGAUGGUGCAGCUGUUACUAGUAUCGAUUUUAUGAUACAACAGUGUUAGUUUUUAUUUUACUUGUCUAAAUGUUUCAUGGUUGUCCACAAUUCCCUGAUACCAUCUAAAUUAUUUGUUUCCUGAUAACAAUGCAUGUGACUUUGCUCAGCGCCUGCCCAAAUCACAUAGAAAUGUUUUUUGGCUGCACUUCUAUGAAGAAAAGCAUGAUACAGUUUAUAUUAAUAUUUUCCUAUUAGCACAAAAAAAAUUGCUAAAAAUGUAUUUUACUUGUAUUACUUUGUUGUGUUUUCUAAGUUACUGUACGUAAAUGAAGAGGUUUGAUAGCUGUAUUUUUGAUGGCCUUAUUUUCUGUGUGUUUUGUGUGAAUGAGAAGCUUUUUCCUCCUAAUAUAACAACACGCUAUUUGAUCUAGUGACACCUGAUUUAGUUUACUUUCCUGUUAGUAUUCAUAUUUUACAGGUAGGGGGGCAGACUAUAAUUGUUUACUGUAAUCACAAAACAAAACAUUUCAUUUAUAACAAAUACCCAACAGUAGGGGCUCGGUAUUUUUAUCUUUAUGACUCAGGAUAGAGUGAAGGCAAGAUUUUGUAGUUCUUACAUUUCCUCUCCUCUUGUCUACUCUCAUUUUGCUCUAAUGUCUUUUGGUCUUCUCUUACUUGAAAACCAUGCAAAAUGUGUUGGCUGAAAGCAAAAAUGAGUUUUGCAUUAAAUAUUUGCUCUGUCUUGUGUCAUGUACCUGCACUUAAUAAUCAGACGGUGUUUUUGCAGCUCUGCAGUACUUACAGUUACAGUUAAUUACCAUCAAUAUCAAUAAUUCUGUUGUUACAGAUGCUAAUUUCAUUUUUCUCAUCCGAUUAUUAUUUUAGUCUUUUUUGGUUGUAAUUGCUUUCAGUGUUACCUUGUAGGUAUGGAUGUACAAUGUACAGUCUUGGAGAAUACACUUCUUUGAGCAUAUCUUCGAGAGGUUUCUGUGUUUCCACAUCACACUCCUUUGCCUUAGUACUGUACUUAGAGCCAUACACUCUUUUUACUGAACAACUUUUGAGACUAUUCAAAAUACACUCAACACUAACGCUGUUUAACUGGAGUGAGAUAAAAUGAAUUUGGAUCUGACUGACUGAAGCUCCCACCCUCAUUUCUCACUCAGGAACUUUUUUUUACUGAACAUGAUUUACACCAAACUGAGAUUUGUUAGACCCUUGAGUGGAGCCUUUGCAUGUCUUUAUUUCGUAGCCUCUAAGAUAUUAUACAACUUCCUCUCUCUUGACUGAAAUGUUUUGAACAAAGAAAGGGAAAAGAGAGAAACAACUUUUCUGUUGUUUCUUCACUAAUGGUUUUGUAGUGACAUGAAAAAAAUGCUUUUGCCAACUGCUUUUUUGCCCACAUUAAUAAAUUUUCAAGAUUCUGCACUA